GUGGGUCAGGGCAGGCGGUGCGGGGUGCGGUGGAGACAGACCCCGCCGAACGUGAGUGCCUUGGAGAUCGGAUCAGGACCGUGUCGGGCCGGGAAUAAGGGACCCCGACCGUCAUGUUAGGGUGAAGCAGAGGAGCUCGGUGCUGAACAUGCUAAGGAGGCUGGACAAGAUCAGGUUCAGAGGUCACAAGAGAGAUGACUUCCUCGAUCUAGCAGAGUCUCCAAACGCCUCGGACACCGAAUGUGGAGACGAAAUACCCCUGAAGAUACCUCGGACCUCGCCCCGGGACCCCGAGGAGCUGAGGGACCCCGCUGGUCCAGGGACACUCAUCAUGGCCGCAGGAGUCCAGGACUUUAACCGGACAGAGUUCGAUCGACUGAAUGAGAUCAAAGGUCACCUGGAAAUUGCCUUAUUGGAAAAACACUUCUUACAGGAGGAGCUCCGGAAGCUGCGAGAAGAGACCAACUCGGAGAUGCUGAGGCAGGAGCUGGACCGGGAGCGGCAGCGGAGGAUAGAGCUGGAACAGAAGGUGCAGGAGGUGCUGAAGGCCAGAACCGAGGAGCAGACGGCUCAGCCGCCGCCGAAGGGGCAGACCCAGGCCACCAACGGAGCAGACCGCCGGAGCCAGGGGCUGUCCUCCCGCGCCCAGAAGUGGUUCUACGACAAGUUCGGGGUGUACGUGGAGGACUUCCGCUUCCAGCCCGAGGAGAGCACCGUGGAGGCCGAGGAGCCCCUCAGCGCCCGCAGGUUGACCGAGAACAUGAGACGCCUGAAGCGUGGUGCCAAGCCUGUCACUAACUUCGUGAAGAACCUCUCUGCCUUAUCUGACUGGUACUCCGUCUACACGUCAGCCAUCGCCUUCACCGUGUACAUGAACGCCGUGUGGCAUGGCUGGGCCAUCCCGUUGUUCCUGUUCCUAGCAAUUCUGCGGUUGUCCCUCAAUUACCUCAUCGCCAGGGGCUGGAGGAUUCAGUGGAGCAUCGUGCCGGACGUGUCUGAAGCCGUGGAACCUCCCAAGGAGGACCUGACCGUGUCUGAGAAGUUCCAGCUGGUGCUGGACGUCGCCCAGAAAGCCCAGAACCUGUUUGGGAAGAUGGCCGACAUCCUGGAGAAGAUCAGGAACUUGUUCAUGUGGGUGCAGCCGGAGAUCACGCAGAAGCUGUACGUGGCGCUCUGGGCCGCCUUCCUGGCCUCCUGCUUCUUCCCCUACCGCCUGGUGGGGCUCGCUGUGGGACUCUACGCGGGCAUCAAGUUUUUCCUCAUCGACUUCAUCUUCAAGCGCUGCCCGAGACUGCGGGCCAAGUACGACACGCCCUACAUCAUCUGGAACAGCCUCCCCACGGACCCCCAGCUCAAGGAGCGCUCCAGCGCCGCCGUGUCGCGCAGGCAGCUGCAGACGACCUCCUCGCGGAGCUGCGUGUCCAGCACGCCGGCGGGGCUGGGCAAGGAGGAGGACGCCGGGCGCUUCCACGGAACCAAGAAGGGCAACUUCCACGAGAUCUUCAACCUGACGGAGAACGAGCGGCCGCUGGCGGUGUGCGAGAACGGCUGGCGCUGCUGCCUGAUAAACAGGGACCGCAAGAUGCCCACGGACUACAUCCGCAACGGCGUGCUCUACGUGACGGAGAAUUACCUGUGCUUCGAAAGCUCCAAGUCAGGGUCCUCGAAGAGGAACAAGGUCAUCAAACUGAUGGACAUCACCGACAUCCAGAAGUACAAGGUCCUGUCCGUCCUCCCAGGCUCAGGCAUGGGGAUCGCAGUAUCGACGCCAUCCACCCAGAAACCGCUUGUGUUCGGGGCCAUGGUGCACAGAGACGAGGCCUUCGAGACCAUCUUCAGCCAGUACGUGAAAAUCACGUCCGCAGCGGCGUCUGGCGGCGACAGCUAGUAUCCACUCUCCCGGGACAUUGCUGGAAUUUUUUUUUUUUAAUAAUUCGGUAGUGGAAAAAGAUUGGACAUCCUCAUCUUUUGCAAUAAUUCUCCUCGACCUGUGGUUUUAUUGCGUUGAUCCCUGCGUUUGAUGGACCACGUGGGGCCGGGGCCCAAGGACGGAGGGUGCCCUGCCGCGGGCCUGCAGGGAGGUGGCAGUGCCGGCCCCGUCCCCACCUCAGCUGGGACCGAGAGGCUGCACCGGGCCCCGGGGGGCUCCUCGUGACCCCACCUCCCUGCUCUGCAGAGGCCGGAAGCUUCUCCUCCACCGAAGCCAUAGCUGAGGAGCGUUUGUGGUUAGUGAGGUGACAGUGAGAGGUGACAGUGAGGGGUGGCGUGGAGGCCCCUUGCCCAGCCACUGAGAAAUGGGCCGGUCACACUUGCACCUCCUCCAGCAAGCCCUGCCUGCUGGGGCUGGCGUGGCGUCCCCGUCCCCUGCCGUGCCCGCCCCCGUUGGCGCGUGCGGCUGGUGGGAGGGGCCGCAUCUGCUCGCUCAGAGCUGGGCGUGUCCGCUGGCACCGUCCUCCUGCCAGCCCCGCGGUGACCCGGCCUGGCACAGCACCUGCACGGCCGCCGGCCCGUCGUCUUGGCCUCACACCGGCCAGGAGGUCCUCGGCUGGUGACCCGUGAGGGUCCAGAGUGGUAAAAGCACAUCUUCUUAACACUUCGCUCUUUGGAAGGCCCAGGAGGACAUCUGCAAAGGCUUCGGGAGGUGCCCCGAGCCCCGCUGGCUCCCAGAUGAAAAUCAAGCACAGCCGGGCUGGCACUCGGCCCCCCGGGCUGCUGGCACUGGCGUUGGGGGGUGGAGGGGCUGGGCAGGUGCGUCCCAGACCCACGGUGGCCCUCUCUGCAGGCGCCGUCCCCGUGUCAGGGAAGCUUGGCGGUCCCCUGCUUUAGGGAGCGACCGUGAGCAGAGCCCGGAGGCUCGGGGCCAGCGCCGGCCUGCACCCCGGCAUCCGACAGUAUUCCCUGCCCCGGCGCAGGGCUCGCCCGCUCCUCGGUGUCCCGCCCGGGGAAGCCCGAGCUUCCUGAGAGCUCGGCUGGUGGAGGAGGCCGGAGGGAGCCCCUCGCAGGCCUGGCUUGUCCUGGGCCGUCUGGGCAGGCUUGGCGUGAGGAGCAGGCGGCCUGGCGUCCGGGACAGGCCCCAGGCCUUGCGGGAUGCAGCCCCUGGGGCAGGUCACUCCAGCCCGUCCCGAGUCUUUUGGGUGUUGUUGAGAUUGUUUUUUGAAGAAACAGAAGAUUAUAUUUUUUACAGAGAGCAAGCUGUUUUUCUUAUUUUUAUAUCAUUUUUCAGAUGUAAUUUUUACCUUUGCUCCGAUCCUCAUUUGCUGGUUUGGGUGAGAGAUCUGGCGGCUCAAUGACCCCUUCGCGGGGCCCACAGGGUCACGCGCUGGCGCCGGCGGGGGAGGGGAGCCCUGCCCACCGGCCGGGCUAAGCACACUCCCCGCCCCCAUGGUGACGCCCACGCAGCUCCCAGGUUGCAGGUUGCGUCCUUGCACGGCAGAACCCGCUCACCCUGGCUGUGGGCCCUGCCUGGCCCGGCUCGCUGAGCUGCGUGGUGGGGAGACAGUGCCCGGGGCAAGGCUGGGUGGGCCCUGACCUGUCCCCAGCAGUGCCUCGGGGUGACACCCGUGGGUGACGGUCACAGCCGUCUCCGGGCCCCUGGCAAUGCCCAGGUGCGGGUCCUGGGGGCCUUGGGGUCAUCGAGCACCUCCUUUAGGCGCACUGGGACUCUGUCCCGGGCUCGGUGAGGAGGGUCCCUGCGGCGGAGCGGGCUGAUUCUGCACAGCGGGUGGGUGGUUCAGUUCGAGUCCCUUUUGAGGAGAAGGGAGAUGAAAACUGACCACGAGCUGGCGUGGCCGCCGGGCUCCCGGCCAGGGUCCCGCGUUGGCCAGUGGGUGGUGGCGGCGGCCGUGGCGGCUGCCCCCCCAGGUCAGGCGGGGAGCAGAGCGCGGCCAGCGGGGGCCCCGGGCUCCCGGCGGGAGAAGCCGCAGGGUCGCUGAACCGUAUGCAUCUGGGCGGAUGUUUAAUUUCUAUGACUAAUCACUGAACUAGAAUGAAUGUUAAAUUUUUUAUGUCUGAAGCAGCCUGAGUCUAUUUUCGAUCUGUAAAUAAUCAUGACCAGUGUGACUUUUGUUCAAAAAAAAAAAUAAAAAGAUUGUACUGUAUGAAGAACCCAUGGGGGGGGGAAGGAAAAAAAAAAAAAAACCUGUAACAUUUUUUUAAGAAAACUUCGUUUGUUUAAAGAAGUCUUGUAUAAAUUAUAAUUUUUAUUUAAAUAAACCUAAAAUGCUUUGUGCUAA